CCGAUUCUCAUUGUGUGCAGAAGCAUCUUCUUGAACUUUCUUCUACUGCUGCAUAUUUUCCCCCCUAGACUACAAGGCUUUUUAAUUGGAGGUAAGACUACUAUGUUGUGCAUUGCUUAUGCUUCGCGCGACUCGCGCGGAGUCAUAUCGAAUUUGGACUACGCGGAGUUGACUCACAUUUAUCUAUUGUCACCUUCUGUUCAAUAACUUUAAAUUCAUUUUUCCGUCUUUUGUUUUGAAUCCGGAGGUCGAGAAUAAUUCGUUUGUGUGCUGACCUAGUCUGAUCGAGUACAGGAGCUGCGCGGCCCUUUCUCCCAUUCUCUCUUUCCGCUUGUACGGAGUCGAAGCACUCGGGAUAAAUUUGCAGUCAUGGCCGACGAGCAGAAGGUUACCCCUGCGACCACCAAUGCCAAUGCUGAGGCCGAGAAGGAUGUUCAGAACGUUUUGGCAGAGCUGAAGGGCGAAACCGCCGGGGAAGCUGCCAAGCCUUCCGAGCAGCCCGCAGAAGAGAAGAAGGGCGAAGCUCCCGCAGAAGAUGCAGAGGAGGCUCGCAUUGUAGCCGCCGCUGCGAAGCUCGGCGAACAGUCAGCGAAAGCUGAGGAGCAGAAGGAGGGCAAGACCGAGGAGCGCGAUACGCGGGGCCGUGGAAACCGUCGCAACAACGUCAAGUUUGAUCCCUCUACGCUGGAGGUCACAGACAACCACGAUGAGAUCCGCAAGCAGGUCGAAUUCUACUUCUCCGACUCAAACCUUCCCAUGGACAAGUUCCUUCUUUCCAAGGUGGGCGGAAGCAGCAACCGCCCCGUUCCCCUCGAACUUCUUCAUUCUUUCAAGCGCAUGCGUCGCUUCCAGCCCUUCAGCGCCAUUGUUGAGGCUCUGAAGUCCUCUGAGACUGUCGAGCUGACUGAUAACGACACUUGCGUGCGCCGCAAGGUGCCUCUUCCUGAAUCUGUGACCGAGAACCCCGACCCCAGCGUGGCCAAGGUUUUCGAAGACCAGGCCAUGAGCCGUAGCAUCUACGUCAAGGGCUUCGGAGAGGAAACUCCUACCACCCAAAUUGACAUUGAGGCCUUCUUCGCUCCCUACGGACCAAUCAACGCAAUUCGUCUCCGCCGCACACACGAUCGGAUCUUCAAGGGAAGCGUUUUUGUGGAGUUCGCGACUGAGGAGAAGCAGAAGGAAUUCCUUGCUCUGGAUCCUAAGCCCCAGUGGAAGGGACAGGAUCUGCUCAUUAAGAGCAAGAAAGAUUACUGUGAGGAGAAGGUUCGGGACAUCGAAGCUGGCCGCAUCAAGCCCAGCCGUGGCCGUGGUGGUUUCCGCGGACGCGGCCGUGGAGGACCCCGCGGUGGUGACAAGCGCGACUGGCGCGAGCGUCGGGCAGAAGAUCGGAAGAACGGCUUCGGCAAGCCUCAGGGCGAGCAGCGCCGUGAGGUCCAGAAGGAUGCUCGUGGCGUUCCCGUCGUGCAGAGCACCGCCGAUGAUGCUACAGCUGGCCAGAAGCGGACCCGCGAGGACGAGGCCGCUGCCAACGGCGAGCACCCUGCCAAGAAGGUCGAUGCCAAGGAGUAACGGCUUUGCUCUCUUCUAUUCAAGUUUCCCCGACUGGUCCCACCCUUCCUUCAUCACGGAGCUAAUGGAUUAUUCCCAUUUGUUAUGGUACAACAAAAGCACUUGCGUCUUUUGCUGCUGGUUUCUUAAUGGCGUUGUAUAUCAUUUGUUGUCAUCAUUAAUACUUGGAGGUUAUUCUUUGCAGGAUCUAGCAAAUGGUCAUGAUAGAAUUUUGGCUCUUCAGCCUCCACCCACCGCACUUGCACUUAUACUCUCGUAAAUCAAUUCUCGAACUCCAAGUCAUAUGCCAGCGUAUCGUCACACAACUCCUCUCUCAGCUUCGACACCCUACAGCCCCGAAUUAGCCAAUUCGAACACACCUGUCACAAGGAAGGCGGAAACAAACUCAAGGUGGACCGGGUGCGUAGCGUAAGAAGCCACGGCGUCGGGCGACUCCAUCACCGCCACGAUCCCCAUAUCAAACCCCUUGGCACGGG